UCCGCCUCGCUUCAUUGGAGUGACGACUGCAGACGGUUGAACUUCGAAGAGGAAACGGUCGCGUUUUUGAACCUAUUUAAUCAUUUAAUAACUAGCCGCUAGUUAAAACCACCAAAUUUGAACAUUUUGAGUUAUAUUUGAAAAUCAUCAACUCGUGAUACUUUGUUGAAGGCGACUCUACAGAUCUAUAUCGACGAUAACCGUACGAAGGUUUCGAGCUACAGUCGACUAGCCUGUGGCACAAGACAUCAUAAUGGCCAAGGGAGAAGACGCAAGGUCUGAAAUGGCCCUUGCUCGUCAGAGUGAUGGCAUCAAUGUUAUCUUUGACCAGAACAGUCCUCCCUCAUCUUGGUCCAGAACCAGAACCAGCAGUGACAGCAGCUGUCCCUCUAGCUCUGGCAGCUACAGGGGACGGGGUAGCAACAGGGGACGGUACAGGUCUUCUUCUUCAACAUCAUCUUCAUCCAGCAGCAGGUCUUCCUCUCGCGCCAGGUCCCGCUCUCACCCUCGUUGCCACAGACGUUCCUCCCGCUGUCGCUGUGACAACCAUCGCAGAUAUGGCCGUGGCCGCUACCGCCGCUCCCCACCCCGGCACUACAAGGCCCACUCUCGCUCGCCCUCGCCAGACAGGUACUCACGUCGUAGGCGCUACAGGUCCCGCUCCAGGUCUUCAAGUGGUUUGAGAAGAUACAGGGGGGCUGGGAGUCGGCUAAGAUGCCAAAUUUCCCAAUCCUCACCCAGAAGCUGCAGGAGCCGCUCAAGGUCCAGAUCUUCAGGACGUUCUGUCAGUUCGAGUCUGGGUGAUAAAAGAGAACUCCUAAAAGAUGCUGCUGCCAAUGCUGUGAAGAUCCUAGGACUGGAGACGCUUGAACUUCCUGAGAGUGUGAAACCAAGCCUGUCAGAGCAGUGCGGAGAGUCACCAGUGUCAGAGACAUGGGUGAGACAAGACCCUGAAAAGACUCCAUCACAGAGCAGUGAUGUGGAGCCUGAUGAGUUCAGCCCAAAGAUGUCCCCUAAAAGGAAAACCAUCUCUUUCAGCAUUAAUAAUUCUGUGGCCAAACCAACAGUGGCAGCUCCGUCUUGUGCUAAGGUAACUCCCAGAGUGGACAGCUAUGAAAGCAGGAAGCCUUACGGCCACUGGGUUCCAGUCAGAUCACGACAAACGUCAAGCGCACGCAAACAUACACUCAAAACGUCACACUAGUGUGGCAGAGUACAUGGACACUGUAAAUACUGUAAAUAUUUUGUCCAUAUUAUGUUCAAUCAUUUUAUAGCAGAUGUUUUCUUUCAGAUGUUAGAGUUAAGUUGGAAGAAUUGAAGAAUUCGUUCAGGUGGGAUAAUUUUUUUUCCCUUAGUUUUAUAUGGUGCUGUUUAUAAAUUCAAUAAAGUCUUUAUUUGAUUAAAAAAAUA